UGACGGUAAAAUUCUUUCAAUUUCUCUUCACUCAAUUCUUAGGCCAAGAUUUUUCUUCACCAAUGUGUUGAUUUAUGAGUGUUAAUUUGCAGAAAAAGAUUGUGAUUGGAAUCUCACUUUGUAAUGAUAAAUGUCGAUCCAAAGCUCUCCAAAUUGUUGUCAGCAUACCAGGAGUUCAAUCGGCGGAGAUUGUGCGCGGAGGCAGGGAGCGCGUGGUGGUGGUUGGCGACGUCGACUCAGUGGAGCUGACGCGGCGGCUGAGGAAAAAGAUGGGUCAUGCUGAGCUGAUGAGUGUUACCGACACCGCCACCGACAAGCCGACAGCGCCGCCGCCGACACCGGCGACGGCGCCGCCGUAUUAUGGUAGUCCACAUUACCAUCACUAUGAAGUUAGGGAGCCGGUGUGUGACACCCGCCCCUGUUUUAUUCUCUAGUUUUUAAUGAAUUUGAUUGAUUUGUUUUAUGUAAAGAAAUCAAAGUUAGAAAUUGAUUUGUUUUAUGUAAAGAAAUCAA